CUCCGUGAAUGAGAGUGUCUGCUCUUUACGUUUGCUAUGUUACUCUAUGCUAGUACACUCUACCACUGGUAGGUGUUCGGUGGUCAUACCAAUCCAUCCAUCCAUCCAGUACAAUCUUGGCUCGUUCGUUUUCACGGGGGAAGGUUCCUCCGUGUUCGUUUUCGUUGCAGCAGCCAGGCAGGCGGCCAGGUGUUCCCUGAGGCGGCCUCCAGCUUGGCCAACUGGCUGACAGGGUGCUGAUAGUUCUCAGACAUCGGCACAAUGACCAAGUAUCUGCCUGUAAGGUGACGUGAUUUCGGUGGUUGCGCUCACGUGCUACUGUGUGCAGCCUUGUCCAAGGCGUCAACUUCCGGGAUUAUCGUAAUCCGCUGCACCGCAGUCGGGCAUUCCGUACCGCUCCGUGCGCACGCCGGUCCCUCAGCCGGUCACGUUGGUGCCGAAAGCAUGGCGCUGUAUCAGCCCGUCCAGUCGUGGAUGAAGGCUUCGGAAACGGUCAAAAUCGUUGGCACCGAGCAAGGCGAUGGCUUCACGGUGUAUCGUGUCCAGGUAACCAUAGCCCCUCACUCCUGGGUGGCCAAGCACAGGUACAGUGACUUCAAGGAACUCCACAGCAAGCUUCGGCGCCACUACCAUGUGGAACGAAGCCUGCUGCCACCAGGCAAGCUCGUGGGUCGCCAGGUGGCCAGUUUCGUGCAGCAGCGACAGGCCGAGCUCGAGCACUACCUUGUCACGCUGGUGCACCACUUCGCAGAUGCACUGCCCCUUCCCCUGGCACGGUUUCUGCACUUCGACCAGUUUGAGGUUCGCACUGUGGUGGCAGACUUGGCCGAGCGGCUGUUCGAGACUGGUGAGCAGCUCCUGGCCGGUGACUCCCGCUUCUGCACCACCCCGUUGCAGCUGCACUGCCUUACGGAAAGGCUCAAGUUGGCUGAACCCACUUGCAGCUCUGGGGACAAGCGGCGAGACUUGGCUCAUGUGCUAGACUUUGUGUCCCAGUUGAAGCACCUGGAGGUGUUGGCUGAGCCGGGCUGCCUCGGCUUUAGCAAUGUGCGACCCAGCAGCCUGCCCUUUGAUUUGGCACCCUUCCGGAGCCUGCGGACACUGCGGCUCCAAGGCUGCGAGGUGCGUGGACAGCUGUCUGGUCUGGAGGUGUUGCGGCCACGCUUGCGGGAGCUGACGGUGGAAAAUGCACUUCUAGCCAUGGCCGACUUAUCGUGCAUGCUGGUGGCGGGCGACAUCUGGCAGACGGCAGCGUGGCCCCAAGUGCAGCGAGCACGCUUCAACCACAACAGCCUCAACGCUAUCGACCUCAGCAUGCGCCUGCUGACGUCAGUGGAGCACCUGGAGCUGGUGGGUAACAAUCUGUUGCAGCUGGAGAACCUAGAGUGCUUGUCACGCCUGUCGACGCUCAACAUGGCUGACAACAGACUGCGCCAGUUGCCCCCGCUGCACACUCGCCUCGGGAACGUGCGACAAUUGAGCCUGGCGGGAAACCAAAUCGACUCUCUGGCUGCAUUCUCCUGGCAAGAGAAGUUGCACGCGGCACUGUCCAGCGCCAACACUCUCUUAAGACGACGGCUGCCGGCGGCGACUGCAUCUCCACUGCUACCCUCUGAGCCGCAGCCGGAGCGUGGCCAGCACAUGACAAGGCUGUCGCGACUGUACUCACUGGUGGAGCUGGACGUGUCGCGCAAUGCAAUCGCCCUGGUCUCCGAGGUGGGCCACGUGGGGGCGCUGCCAUGUCUGGAGAGUCUCGACCUGAGGGCCAACCCGGUCAACCAGAUGAUCGACUACCGAGCUCAUGCACUGCUGCUCUUUGGAGGCCCGAGCACACGAGGUUGUACUGGAUGGGCAGAAAGCAACGCAGAAGGAGCUGGACACUGUCAACGUGUUACGUGCCUUGCAAGUAGCCAAGGAGAGGCGGCCUCCCACCGAUGCGACAACAGCGAUGGCGGCAGUGUGUCUCAGCUGAGGAGGUUUCCAGCAAUGGAGGAACGGCCAAACGCAGCAGCAGAUGAAUUCCGGCAACAGGUGGCCACAAUGCGAACCAUGGGUGGCACAGACUGGCUGAGGCUCUUCAACCGCAUGAAUCAGCAGGGGCAGCCACACCCUGUACAGCCAGUGCCAACAUUGCCCAUAUCACCAGGUGACUCGGACCAAGGGAAAACUGUGGGUGAACUUGCUCUGCCCGACUGGCUUUUGCGGAUGGGUCUUCAGCAGCCGAGCUUUCAGGACCAGUUACAGGCGCAAGCCAAGGGUCAUGCACCCGAGUGGGUUGCAUGGUGCACGCGCGUUGAAGCACCGUCUGCCGCAACCAGCGUAGUCUGCAUCGUGGCCAACUGUGCCGGUUUGAAUCUGCUCGAGCUUGAGAAAGUGCAAGGUAGCAGUGGUGCGGUGGUGCCACACUUUGGACUGUGUACAACGAUUGCACCUUCACAGGUAGAGUGUCUUCUCAGGGGACCGCAUCGAAGCUACAUUGAGCUACGAACAGAGUUGCAGUCCAGAGUAGCCUGUACCAUCUUGAUGCCCGCUUCGGCCGAGGACGCCGAUUACCUGACGCGCCAGUUUGCCGCCACUUUUGGCCUGGAGUGCCGGGACAAGUUCUCGCCACAGCAUGUGGAACAUGUUGCUGCGGGAACGUUGACUGUUGGCGAUGUUCGGUUUUGCGGACGCAUACUCUCAAACGGCAUUGAUGCGGGAACGUUGCACUAUGCUCUUGUGGUGCGCAAAGAUAUAGUGCUAGUGGUCGAGGAUGUAUUCAACACAGUUCAGCCGUUUCGAGUGCAGAGGACGUGGAACGUUGCAUCGCCCGUGGUGGACGUUGAGCUCCCCGAGUAUUGGCCAGCAUCAGUGACAUCCGUAGACGAGUUCAGAAAGUGUGGUUUUGGUGUGAGAAUUAGCUUCAAAGGGGGAGAGCAGCUUGAUGCACGGUUCCAAGUGAGAGACGCACGCAGCCAAUUCCUCGAGGCUUUUCUGGCUGCUAGGAACUCUUGACAGCAAUUGGCAGAAGUCACCCUCGAAUUCGCUCCUUACAGCAUCCCUGUAACACACAGUGCGGGUGGCUGGAACUAAGGGGCCUUGUGCCUGCUCAUGAAUGUGACAACUUUUUAAUAGGCUACUCUAGCUUUGACAAUCCAUCCAGCACUGUGUUUGUGCUUCCAUGGUGGCCUUCUGUGAUUGAGUCCUGUGAACCUUAAGUCAACCCAGUUUUUAUUUAUUUUUUUCAUGUGUGUUCUCGUAUUUUGCAUUUUAAAAAAUCUUCAUCAUCCUACAGCAGCACAUGUAUGAACUGUCAUUUUCUGCUCGUGCACGCUGAUAUGCCUUUGUGUCAUAAGAAGCCAGAGGAACGGUUUGCAAUUUCUUGGGGAGUGCGCACUGAGCAGUUCAAGUUCUCUUUACCUGCUGUUGGCCCAGAAACUAUGCUGGAAUGCAACACAAUGUUGUACCCUGUGGAACCUUAAUGCUGGAAGAGCUGACUUAUACUAGUCAUAUAGUUGUAGUCUUGAAACUUCAAGUAUAGAUCUUUAAUGCUGUUAAUUUUGCAGUUGCAUGGCUAGAAUGCAACAGCAAAUGGGUGCAUCACUGGGUUAGGUGGUAUUGCAUCUUGUAGUUUGAAAGGGACAGAUGGCAACAAGAGAAAACACAAGUUAUGUUCAGCGCUUAUGUUGCGUUAUUUUUUGUUCUUGUAUUGCCAGGUUGAGCGGUACAUACUGUGCAGAAUCUUGUCUGUUCUGUUUUGGAUACAUGCUCACAGCUGGGAGCCAGUUUCUAAACUAAUUUUGUUGAAAAGCUUCAGUGAAACCAUAAGUCGUAACAUUCUACAACAUGCUUAGUUUGCAUGUUGCGAGUCUGAAGUAUGUGUAAAAGUUGUAUGAAGUACAAUGGAGUGUGUGUUUCAAGUACCUUUCUUUCUGAAGUUCUGGCUGCCUGUUGCUCCUGUUUUUGCACUGUAAUAAUCGCGCUUUCAGUGAAGAAAAAUGGCCCAACCUGAGAAAGAACUGCUAACGCAGGCUCCGCAUUGCGUCUAACAUGCUUGCCAUGUGUUGUGUAGUGUCCUCUUACAGCGGGAGCACGUGUGACCAAGUUGCCAACCGACCAAAUUGAACUACAGUGCGUUUCGUACGAUGGACAAUGUAUGAAGUUUCGCAGCAGCUCAAAGGAUGCCCCCGUAAUCUUGCCCAAGUCUCCGUGCUAUACAGAUGCAUUUUCAAGUAUGUGUGAAACGUGUCUGCAUGCCGUCGUCUUGCUCAACGUAAAUGGCUUGUUUAGCGACUCUGUUGUUGUUAAACACGUUUGCCUCGUCUAGAGCGACAGGACUGAUGAAAAGGGUGAAGUGUGAGUGCAAAAGCCUGCCACUGCAGCUUGCGUCACUUGCAGUGUGAAAAUUCAAUAAAGUUACAGUUAUUCAGA